AGAGGGAGAUGUAGUAAAAUAAUCAGCGCUGUGUUCAUGUUUCCUUCUCUGUCGAGGGGUGUGCAUGGAUAAGACAGAAGGAUUUUAAGGAAAGAAACAAACAAACAGACAAAGAAAUUGCCUUAAGGACUUGCACGUCUAACUGGAUUUUUUUUUUUCUAAAAGCAUUCCAACAAUUUGAGGAGGAGUUAUCUCAGAUCAGCAUCCUGCAAGAAGAUUUUGUGCAAGGACUCAGCUCAGAGAUAUUGCUGACCUCUGAUGAAGAGGUGACAGAGGGAGAAAGAAGAGAAGACAGAUGGCUCAGAAAGAAGGAGUAACAGGGCAGGGGCGCAUCAAAACGGAGGACAGUUUAGGGGCUAAAACCAUGGCUGGGGCCCCCUCAGCUGGUGGAGGAGUGGUGGUGGAGGUUCGGGAGAAGAAGGGACCUCUGCGGGCUGCAAUACCCACGAUGCCUUUCCCUGUGGCUGUCAUUUGUCUUUUCCUAAACACCUUCAUACCUGGGCUUGGAACGUUCGUCUCAGCGUUCACCGUGCUGUGUGGAGCGCACAGCGAGCUGAUCUCCGAGCGAGGCGUGUGCUGUGUGUUCUGGCUCAACGUGGCAGCUGCCCUCAUCCAGAUCCUGACAGCCGUUAUAAUGGUCGGAUGGAUCAUGAGCAUCUUCUGGGGAAUGGACAUGGUCAUCCUGGCAAUUUCUGACGGUUGUAGAGACCAAGGUAUCCCUCAAGAUGUCUAAGACGUGUCUUUCUCACAUUUAUUGGCGGAUCAUACGAACAGUUUGACCAGGAAAGCCACCAUGGAGGCAAACUGCAACUUUCACCUUGAUAAUGAGUUCACCACGCGUGGCAGAGACGUAACUGAAAGCAAUGGACAUGAAUUGACUGAUGGCUGGCUGCUCAUUUGGUCAACACCAUACCGCAUUUACGUUUAUAUUGAAAAAAAAAUUGGGUCAUUAAAGAAAGAUCAAUAUGUUUUAUUCUCAAAUUUUAGGGAAAAUUUUAAGAGUGCAUUUAAAUUUUGUUUUUCUCAACAACAAAAAAAGAUAACGGCUGUUUGACCUCUGCAUCUUUGGGUUGUAAAAUUGGUAAAAAUCCAGUUAAAUUGUGAAUCCAACAAAAAUAAAUAAAAUAGGUUUUUCAGCUAUUCACAUGUGGUGAAACUUUACAAAAUGCUCAUAAUGGGGCUAAACCAUUUAUUCCAUUCCUGAACUGGAAGUAGAGUAAGGGUCAGAUUAUCUUUGGUUAAUCCGGAGAGUGAUGCUCUCUCCUUGUAUAAAUGUACGUUAGCACAAGCUAGGGCAUUAGCAUCGCCGAUUUUUACUGGGAAAUCUUGCAAAUAUCCUCCCUAAAUUUCUUCACCCUGUUUAAACUUCUCAUAGGCAUUUAGUUUUUUCCAAUGAAAAGAAUCAACAUUUUCAAUAGCAUACUAACAGCCUGUAGGGCUAGUGGAUAUUUUGUCAUCACAGAUUCAUGCUAACACUUCACAAAAAGUGCUAGCAUGGAAUCAGUGCUUUGCCAAAGCAAACAUGUCUUUCUCAGUUGAAUUACACAUAAAACAUUAAAACUGCUGUUCAGAACAUGUAUUUUGAACACAAAUUCAAUACAAUAAUGUAACCGUUUGCUAUGUAUAGCCUACGUAAUUGCUAGCUGCUAUAGUUCCAAUAUAUUUGUUUUAAAAUGUUAUGUCUUUCUACCACGAUUCAUCCUUUAUCAUUAUUUGAUUAGAGAUUUCCCACCACCUAAAUGUGUAAAUCAGUGCCAACAGGAUUUUACAUAUUAUUCAAGCUUCAAAUAUGAUUAACAGGUCUCAAAAUACCUGCUCACCAUGUUUGGCGUGACGUUUAAAACCAAUGGAUUCUGGUUGGUGAGAAAAGUCUGCACUUUCUCCCAUGCAUGGUUCUGACCCCAAUAAAUUUUAAUGGAAUAAGGAUGAAGCUGUUGAAUUAGAGUUUAUAGACAAUUUAGUGGUUGCAAUGUUGGAGGCAGAAAGUACAACAGUAAGCCAAGGAAUCUCAGAGGCGCAUUGGGUUAAAAGGGAGGAAUCCAUAAACCAUUCUCAAUCAUACACCAGAAAGUUGCUUUGGAAUCGUUGCUCUGAACAGAGGUUUUCCCAUGAUAUACCCAGAUCAUGUGCUGCAGCGCUGGCUUCUUUCCAGUAACUCUAUCCACAAAUGUCAGAAGUCAAGGAGCAGUCUGAGACUGAGCAGCUUCACCAAGACUGCAAAGCAAAAGCUCCAGGAUCCAGAUCCAGACCAGGGUCAAAAGUUAAUGACUUUGUAGCUGGAGCCGUUUCAUGUCUUACAACAUAGUCAUGCUAAUCUGUUAAUUAUGUUUGAGUAACCGUGGCAGCAGAUAAACAAAACUUAUCACAGCCUCACUGUUGUGGCUCGACUUUGAUCAAAAGUAAAGCAUUCAAUCAAAAACUCGGAUAGUAUGUUUGCCCAAAAUGUUGGGGAAAAUAAAUCGUAAAGGACGAGAAAGUCAAAAGUUAGCUGAAAAGGGACUCCAGCUAAAUAAACAUUUGGCUGGAGUCCAUUUGGGUCUGUUUUGAGUUCACAGUCUGUUUUUUUUUAAACGGUACAGUGGACACAGAUUAUCACAAUUUGCUAGAUUCCACUGGAUAAAAUGUAAUGAGGAUUUUUACUAAUCCAGUGAACACAGUGCAACAGUGUUAAUGUAUUAAAAGUGUUUUAUUUUAUGUAAACAUUUAGAUCAAGUUUGGCAUUCUAAAUUGUUAGUACUUUCAGCUGGAUAAAGCAUGGUGUAAUUUUAAAACUGCUUAAUCAUCCUGGGAAUGUUAUUGUUUCCUGCCGCUGUAACUUGGUAUAUUAAACACUGGGGAAAUCGGAGGGGGGAUAUUUACAUUUAAUGUGAAUAUUUCAGGUUCAGUUCCUGUGCAUUUUAUUUAUCGUCAGUAUUUUAACCAGAUGCCUUUUCAAUGAUACCGCCCUGUUUUGUAUAAAAACAAUGUUUCUAUGUCUUUAAAUGUUGUACAGUGUUUAUAUGCAAGAAAAUGAUGACUAUGUUGAUGAAGUUAUUGAUGAUGAUGACGAUGAUGAUGAUGAUAAUGAGGAAUGAUGUCCGCAAAGGGGGAAAUUAUUCUAUGCCUUACCAACUGAUUCAUGUUCUGUUUUUAUGAGUGAGUGGCACUGACAUGUCUUUUAUGUUAUUAAGAUUUAGAUGCAGUUUAUACAUCCAAAAUUAAACAUAACACUGUAAGUACAUAUAUAGUAACUUCUAAUGUGUGUCAAGGGAAUUCUUCAGUGGUUGUAUUGUUUAUAUUCAAUAAUGACUUUGUGGCAGCGUUUUUAGCCAUACAGUGCUGUGAAAAAGUAUCCGUCCCACCCCCCAUCCCCCUGACAUUGCUUUUUUUUUGUCUCUCUUGAAUUAUUUAAAUUAUCACAUAGUUUUUUUGUUUUUUUUUUCUAUUGGAGAAAGAUAACCUGAGUGAUUACAAAAUGCUGGCUUUUUUUUUAUCAUGAUUUUGUUUGUUAAAGCACAUCAGCAAUUCCACCUUUGGAUUGCCUAAAAAAAAAAUUGAGAUUUUAAAGUGCCUUAGUUAAAGUUCAAACUAGAAUCCGACUUAGAUGCUGUGUGGCAUGACCUUAAACAGGCCAUUAAUGGUUAAAACCCCUCCAGUGUGACUGAAAGCAGAGAGCUAGAUGCACCCCUUCUCCAACAGGCCUGAUUCAAACGGCUGAAUCCCCUCAUCAGCAGACAUUCGGCUCCACAGAGACCCGGUAACGAAACAUUCAUCUGAUUCAUGUGUGUUGGGGAAGGGAUGCAUCUAAAAAUUGCAGGAUAAUAGCUCUCGAGGACUUGGGCAUCUCUGCUCGACAGCGAUGUUAAAGACGCACUGCCAGUCAUCGCAAAUGCUUGAUGUUUGGUUUAGAGGGGACCUUUACUUUCCAUGUAGGGCCAGGCUGGCUUGGACAGCUUUUGUCAAUUAGCCCCAUAGAAGAGUUUGGAGUGUGUUCUUUGUGCAUGUACAUCUUUUGCUGGCACAUAAAUGUAUAUACUAAUGCAUAUCCUUGCAAAUACGUGUGCAGCGUAAGAAGUCUGAGUCACAGUUUCAGCUUUAUUCUGUGGCUUUGCAGCCCGAAGAUGAAUUUAAGCAGCUUAAAGGGUCACGGAAUAAAUAGUCAGCUUGGUCUUUGUCAUUCGCAGCUCAAUAGGUGUGCAAAUUAAUAACUGAAUUAUUUCUUUUUUACUAUUUAAAUCACAAAUGUUUUCCUCGUGUUUUUUUCCCCCUACUUUGAAAUUCAGCUGGUAUACAAAUAAGAGCGUUUUUACUUUAAGGACAUGCAGUUUCUGUUUUACAACCAACGACCACAUGAGCGUUUAUCUUCACUUGGAUGUGCUUUGUUUUUUUUUUAUGGCCAUAAAUGAAGUGUGAAUUUCUGUCUGACUCAUGAAUAAACCUACACGUCUGAACAUGACUGUGGAGCCUCCUG